AUUUCAGUUAUUCACAUAAAUACGGUUACGGCAUAUUAUGACGGAUUUUAUAUCAGGAAUAAUUACGAUUCAUUUGCCGAAUUAAAAAGAUUAAAAAGACAAACUAUAAAUCGACCAAAUAAUUGUCAAAAUGAACAAUGGCAGUGUAAUGGUGGUAGAUGUAUCAAUGUGGAUAGUAUCUGUGAUGGUGUUCCUGACUGUCGGGAUGGUAGCGAUGAAGUACACGCCCUCUGUCGCAAAAUGAGAUGUCCAUCAAAUCUCUUUCGUUGUGCGUACGGUGCGUGCGUCUCGGGUAACGCACCUUGUAAUGGUCGGGUUGACUGCGCUGAUGCGUCAGAUGAACUAAGUCCGAUUUGUAGAACAAAUAGUGAUGAAAUUAAUGGUCAAUAUAAGUGUAUUAACGGACAAUUAAUACCAGCUGAGAAUCGUUGCGAUGGUACACCAGAUUGCAAUGACGGAUCUGAUGAGACAGUCAGAUCUUGUGCUGCUAUGUCCUGUUUACCAUAUCUGUUUCAAUGCGCAUACGGCGCCUGUGCAGAACAGGGUGCGGAAUGUAAUGGAAUAAAUGAUUGCGCUGACGGAUCUGACGAAUCUAUAGAGCUUUGCGGCAAUCAAACAAUCCCUCAUACGACGAAAAGUACACCAAGAACUACAACUCAACCUACUACAGUUACAAAUAUAAAUUCAAAAUGCAAGCUCCCAGAUUAUCCGCAGCACGGUACAUAUGAUGUAAUAGGUAGCCCUAACGCUGUCCCUGGUCAGAUAUUAAACACGCCUACUUUAAAAUUUACAUGUAACACUGGAUAUGGCUUAGAUGAUCCAAGCAAUAUCUAUUGUUCUGAUGGAAUUUGGUCAGCGGCAAUACCUAGAUGUCUUCGGCAAUGCAAAGACAUCGACAAUCCUACAGCUUCUUAUGAAUGUGACAUGGUAUAUGGUAAUAACACGAAGAGUUCAUGGCCUUGUCGGGAAUAUGAAUUAGAGGGUACACGUGCUGCUGCAACUUGCAAACCUCACUACUACUGGAAUGGUGCAAAGAUUAAAGCUCAUUGUGUUGAUGGAAAGUGGGAGAACGUUAUGAAAUGUCUACCAAACUGCGGUACUGUAGUAGAUAAGAGCACGGAAUUAGUAAUUGGGGGUAAAGUGGCUGUAAGGGGGGAGUUGACUUGGCACGCGGGUAUAUAUAAACUCUCACCGGAUGCGAGACAAUAUGACCAGAUCUGUGGAGGAUCACUUAUAAAAAGAAGCACUAUUGUCUCUGCUGCUCAUUGCUUCUACGAUGACAACAAUGAGGCGUUACAUCCAGCGAAAAACUUCGCAGCUGCUCUCGGUAAAAUAUAUCGCUCUUGGGGCGACACAAGAGAUAAGGAUGCUCAGAAAAGAUAUGUAAAAAACAUCCACAUACCAGAGACGUACAAAGGUCGAGAGAACAACCACCAGGACGACAUAGCAUUAGUAAUAGUAGACAAGCCAUUCACUUACACUACAUACAUACGACCGGUCUGUCUAGAUUUCAAGUUAGAUUUUGAAAUGGGCCAACUACAACCUGGUAAUAUGGGAAAGUGGUAG